AUGAGUUACCCGGUGGACACGAUAGGGAGCCCCUUCAGGAGAGUUAUGGAUACUAGGACGACCAGCUACGGCUACAGCCGCUCCGGCGGCACCCCCUCCAGCGGCUUUCGCUCCCAGUCUUGGUCCCGGGCGAGUCCCGGUUCCACCAUGACCACAUCUUACAAGAGGAGCGUGAACGUGCCGGUGUCCCGAGCUUACAGCUCAACGGUGCUCAGCUCCGCCGACAGCGUUGAUUUUAGUCAAACCUCCAUCCUGAACGGAGACUACAAGCGAUCUAACGAGAAAGAGCAACUUCAAGGGCUCAACGACCGGUUUGCUGUUUACAUAGACAAGGUGCACUACCUGGAGCAGCAGAACAAGCAGAUCGAGGCGGAGAUCCAGGCACUGCGGCAGAAGCAGGUGUCGCGCUCCCAGCUGGGAGACCUGUAUGACCAGGAGCUGCAGGAGCUGCGCUCGAUACUGGAGCAAAUCCACCAUGACAAGGCGCAAAUUCAGCUCGACACCGACCACAUCGAGGAGGACAUCCAGCGGCUCAGGGACCGCUUUGACGAAGAAGCUCGCAUCCGGGAGGAGACAGAGGCCAUUAUCCGUGUCCUGAAGAAGGACAUGGGCGACUCGGAGUUGGUGAAGUCCGAGUUGGAGAAGAAAGUUCAGUCGCUGCAGGAUGAGAUCGCCUUCAUCCGCAACAACCACGAGGAAGAAGUGAGCGACCUCAUCGCCCAGAUUCAGGCUUCUCAGGUGACCGUGGAGAGGAAAGACCUCCAGAAGACAGACAUCACCGAGGCUCUCCGGGAGAUCCGCUGCGAGCUGGAGGGUCACUCCAACCAGAACCUGCAGCAGGUGGAGAGCUGGUUCAUGUGCCGCUACGCCAAGCUCACCGAGGCUGCGGAGCAGAACAAGGACGCCAUAAAGUCCGCCCGAGAUGAGAUAGCCGACUACCGUCGCCAGCUGCAGUCCAAGACGGUGGAGCUGGAGUCCGUCCGCGGGACAAGAGAUUCGCUGGAGAGGCAGCUGAAUGACAUCGAGGACCGCCACAACAGCGACCUGGCCAGCCUGCAGGAGACAAUUCACCAGCUGGAUAAUGAGCUCAAGAGCACCAAAUGGGAGAUGGCUCGUCACCUGCGCGAGUACCAGGACCUCCUCAACGUCAAGAUGGCCUUGGACAUUGAGAUUGCUGCAUAUAGGAAACUCCUAGAGGGUGAGGAGACCCACUUUAGCACUUUCCCUUAUCGCCAGACGGUCACCUCCACCAAAAUCUCUAAGCCUAAAUCAGAUGCCCCCAAGCUUAAGGUGCAACACAAAUUUGUGGAGGAGAUCAUUGAGGAGACGAGGGUGGAGGACGACAAGGCUGACAUUGACGAGGCCCUGGCGGAAAUAGCACAAGAGCUGUCUGCCACGCUCGGAGAGGGAGGAGAGGAAGAGGAGGGCAAAGAGGGUGCAGAGGGUGAGGAAGCAGAGGGUGAGGGGGAAGAGGGAGAAGGAGAAGAAGGGGGAGAGGAGGAGGAAGUCGUAAGCGCCACUGAAGCCAAAGUAAGCGCUAGCGCACCUGCUAAGGAGGAAGAAGAAGAGGAGGAGGAGGAGGAGGGAAAAGGUGCUGAUGAGGAUGAAGAGGGUGAGGGAGAAGGCGGCGAGGAGGGAGAGAAGGGAGAAGAAGGAGAAGGAGGAGAAGGAGGAGAGGAGGAGGAAGUUGAGGAGACAGUAUUGUGCUCCAAAGCUCCAGAGUCUAAAGCCUCUCCUGACAAAGAGAAGGCUGGAGACAAAGAGGGCAGCGGAGGAGAGGAGGAGGCAGCCGAGGAAGCUGGUGCCGAAGAGGAGGGUGGUGAUCAGGGUGAAGACGCAGGCACUGACAAAGCCUCCAAAAGUGGAGACGAGAAAGAGGAAAAAGAGGAUGCAGACAAAGGCCAACAGGAAGAAGAGAAGAAGGUGAAAGAUGAAAAAGCAGAUGACAAAUCAGAGAAAGAGGCUGCCAAAACAGAAGCAUCAAAACCUGAAUCCCCAAAGCCUGGCUCCCCUAAGUCUGAAUCACCUAAACCUGAGUCUCCUAAAUCUGAAUCUCCCAAGCCUGCAUCUCCUAAGUCUGAGUCUCCCAAGGAAGGCUCACCGAAGGCUGGAUCCCCCAAACCUAGCUCCCCCAAAUCAGAAUCCCCGAAACCUGAGUCCCCCAAGUCAGAAUCCCCAAAACCUGAAUCUCCUAAAGCUGAAUCCCCAAAGGCCGAGACCGCCAAGCCUGAGGCUCCUAAGGCCGCUGAAGAGAAGUCAGAGAAAAAGAGUGACUCAGCAGAAGAGAAGAAGGUAGAAAAGAAGGAUGUUGCCAUGAAUGGCGACAUAGACAAGAGCAGCCCAGAAGAGACAGGGAAGAAGGACGAGGGUAAAGAAGCCGACGUGAUCGCUAACGGUGUGGACGAGAGCCCAGUGAAGGAAGACGGCAGCCAGAAAGUGGUGAUCACCAAGACUGUGGAGACCAUCACCACCGGUGAGGACGGAUCCAAGCACGUCACCAAAUCUGUCACUGUGACUGAGACAGUGAAGGAGGUGGAGGAGGUGCAGCAGGAGAAGCUGGUCUCCACCAAGAAGACGGAGAAGCACUCCACCCAGUCCAUCAAGCAGGUGUCAGAGGGCGACUGA